AUGGAAUCUUCACCGAGCUCAGGACCUCCCAAGCCUCCUACUCCGACCUCUACCGCCGAGGCAGACAAGAACGGCGCAAUCCGUUCGCCCGGCUCUGCGGCGGUGCAAAAUGGAUCUCCCGACGACAGGAAGCGCAAGCCCAACGAAAAUGAUACCCCGGCAGCUGAUCAACAGUAUCAGUAUGGCCCAGCGGCCAAGCGAAAGCGAAUGCAGGAGCGACACCAGGCACGGAAGCGUGGCCGCACACCCCCCCCAUCCGUCUUCUCCCGACGCAACCGUUCCCGCAGCCCUAGCAAUGCCACACCACGCGGCGACCACUCGAGACGCUCUCGAUCUCCUCUGCCGCCUCGAUCACCCGAGCCCGAGGAGCAACCAAAGCAGCGCAAGCGGCCUGGCGGCGGAGCGCGAGCGGGCCUGCUGAGCAGCGAGCAACUGCGGCGGCGACAGGAGGAGCGCCAGCGCGCAAUGGAGGAGGAUGCACUGCGGACAUCACGAGACCGUGGUGUGUCCGACGUCGUGCGGCAGCACUACAACGCGGUCCCCGAGCGUGGCCGCGAGUGGCGCAAGACCGAGAGCAAGAUCAAGGGGUUGCGCAGCUUCAACAAUUGGAUCAAGAGCACGCUGAUCCAGAAGUUCUCUCCUGAUGAGGAAUUUACUGCUCGGUUCAACGAUAGCAAGGACUGGGCUGAUGAUAGCAUUGGCCCGCCCCCCAAUGAGGAGAAGCAGCUGCUGGUGCUGGAUUUGGGAUGCGGCAAGGGCGGCGACCUGGGCAAGUGGCAGCUUGCGCCGCAGAGGGUUGAGCUGUACGUUGGACUUGACCCGGCCAAUAUCUCCAUUGAGCAGGCGCGGGAUCGGUAUGGCCAGAUGCGGUCUCGUGGUGGGCGGGGCCGCCGGCCGGGUCCGCCUCUCUUCCAUGCGGAGUUCUCGACCAAGGACUGCUUCGGUGAGUCGCUGGCUGAUGUGGACAUCAUCCAGCGCGUUGGAUUUGAUCCCAAUGCCGGACCCGGUGGCUCUCUGAUGGCGUCGCGAUGGGGCGGUGGUGGCUUCGACGUUGUGACGUCCAUGUUUGCCAUCCACUAUGCCUUCGAGAGCGAGGAGAAAACCCGUCAGAUGCUCAGCAACGUUGCUGGCUGCUUGAAGAAGGGCGGCCGCUUCAUUGGCGUGUGCCCGAACUCGGACGUGAUCACCAGCAAAGUGAGUACGUUCCACCAGAAGCGGAAGGAGCGCGAGGCCGCCAAGCCUGCUGAGCCUGAAGGGCCCGAGGAUGGUGAAGUCCAAGAGGAGGAGCGUUGUGGAUGGGGCAACGAUAUCUACAGCGUUCGGUUCCCGGGGGAUACCCCCGAAAGUGGCGUCUUCCGCCCGCCAUUCGGAUGGAAGUAUACCUAUUAUAUGUCGGAGGCGGUUGAGGGAGUGCCUGAAUACGUUGUUCCUUGGGAAGCAUUCCGAGCUUUGACCGAGGAUUACAAUCUGGAGCUACAGUACCGCAAGCCGUUCUUGGAGAUAUGGGAGGAUGAGAAGAAUGACCGCGAGCUGGGCCCGCUGAGCGAGCGCAUGGGGGUGAGGGAUCGGAAUACUGGUGAAUUGCUGAUGACGGAGGAGGAGAAGGACGCAGUCAGUUUCUAUCAUGCAUUCUGUUUCUACAAGGUCUAA